CUCGCAGCUGGCCUCCGUGGUCGCGAGAAGAAGCCGCUGGGGGCGUCUGCGCAGACAAACGGAAGUGUAGGUGACGGUCUGAGGCAGCGCCGCCAAGCUGGGCACCGGGGAGAUGGCCGAGACUGACCCCAAGACCGUGCAGGAUCUCACCUCUGUGGUGCAGACACUCCUGCAGCAGAUGCAAGAUAAAUUUCAGACUAUGUCCGACCAGAUCAUUGGAAGAAUUGACGACAUGAGUAGUCGCAUUGAUGACCUGGAGAAAAACAUUGCAGACCUCAUGACCCAGGCCGGGGUGGAAGAAGUGGAAGGGGAAAACAAGAUCCCCGCCACACAGAAGAGCUGAAGCAGGUCGCUCAUUUACACUGAAAUCUGGAACACCCUUUGUACAAGCCAAGAGAAGACGGCUUUUUGCAACUAACUACUAUGUGUAGACAGGUUUUAUAUUAUAAAGUGUGCGUUCUUCUUACCACAUACUAUCUAGUUAGUUUAUAGAGUGAUUUCCCUCCCCAACUCCCAUGUUUCUUGAACAUGGUAACUUCACAUCUUGGACCUUGAUCAGUUGUGCUAUUAAAACACUAAAACUUUGGCAGUUCUUGCAUACAAUUGUCAAAUUUUUUAGUGUAUUUUUGUGAAGUCAUUUUUUCCUCUAUCAUUCCCUUUGUAGUAGUUGCUGUUUGAUAAAAGUUGCUGUGUAAUUUUUUUUAUUAGACACAUAGUGGAUCCUUCGGUUGUAAUUAGAUUUUGUGAAGUAAGACGUUUAUAGUUAGGGUUCUCAGACAGGGUGACUGUUGAGCGAACACCAAAUAGUGUGUUGGUGAUACUUCUCAAGUGGUUAGAAACAUUUAAGAUUGUGUAUUCAUAAGUAUCUGACACUGCUCUGUUUCCAAAACUCUGAAUUGAAUCGUGAUUUUAUGUCUUGAGUCCCUGAGGUCAGAUGCUAAAGUAACAAAGAGUAACUACUGCCACUUUAGUGUUGGAACUUUUGAAUACAGAAAAUGACAGAAUUGCCUGAUGUAAUGAGGCGUUCAGUAGUAACAGUUUUGCAUGAAAUUUGAAUACUUUAGUAGGACCUACGUUGUCCAUCUACAGUAGUUACCAUAGGAAAUCUGGCAGGAUUGUUCAACUCUUUUACUUCAACUUGUGAGCUGCUGGCUGGGAAGAAACAGAAAAAGGAGACAGACCAUGUUAAGCCCUUGUCAGUUGCUUGGCUCGAAAAUGAUAAAUGACUUGUAGUAGGCUUGAGUUUUUAAGAAAGACUUUUUCUUUGAACUGUUUCUUACCUAAAUUCGUGCAGAGUAAUGGUUUUAUUAUUGAUGAAUAAAGACAGGGACAGUAACUCCUGCAGCAACAGGGGUGCUAGGCCUGAGAGUCAGGCCUGCUGUGAGGGAGACCCUGUGACUCACAGCAGGGGGAUCUUGUGUACAGAAAACUGAAGAUGUGGAGGGAUGAACUAGUGCUUUAGAGGAAAAUCCCUAGUCAACACAGAAUGAUUUUUUUAAAGUUUCCUAUGUUACCAGUCUUGAUUGUUUGUAUUGCAAAUAUAUAAUAAUAUUAAGAAAUAAUUUGUCCUAUUUAUAAAUUAUAUGGGGAACACAAAGGAGUCAGUUUCUUCUGGGAUAAGAUGAAUUACUCACUAUUAUUACUAAGCUGCAGAAACUCCUUUGCUGGGCUAGUGGGUUGUGCUGCGAGGUGUAGCCCUGAGCACCCAGAGUGGACUGGGCUCUAAAGACCGGACAAAGCUGUGUGUGGGAUGCUCCCAAGCCUGGAAGAUGGCAAGUGGACAGUCGGGAUGGAAGGAGUUGGCUUCCUUGGAAGAUUUCAGAGGAAGCUCCCCUGACCAAAAAUACCUGCCAUGAAUAAAGGUGCCUGAAAUCCUG